AUCGGGAGCCUUGGGGGAGGCCAUCAUUUCCUCUUCCUCGCCUUUUGUGGCGGAGCAACUGCAGCAGGAGGAGGCGACGCGUCCCGGCAGCUUGGCCUCCCGCGCGCCCUUUUGCAACCAGGCGCCCCUGCGCUCGCGGGAGCAGGAAAAGCUCCCUCAACUCCAGCGGAGAAACAGCCGUGUUGCCUAAACAUGCCCUAAGCCUCUUGUUGGAGGAGCCAGAGAAUGGGCGGAUAAUUCAAGCUGUAUCCCUCUGUCCUGUAUACUUUUGUGUAUUUGCGUUCUGGCAUCCCUGAUCAAAUCCAAGACUGCGAGAGUGUGACCAGGGCGGCCGCUGUUCCAGAAUUCAUCAUGAGACACAAAAUGGUCCCGGAGAAAGGACAAACUCAGAACACAGACUUCCGGGACCGGGUCCCCAUGGAGCAGUCAGUGUCCGGAAGCGUGAACCAGCCGGAGGAAAAGCUGCGCCGAACUGGCCCCGAGCCUGGCAAGGCGUCGGAGGGAGCCACACGAGUGUCUCCUGAACUCGAGGCCGGGAAUGACCGAGGACCCACGAAGAAGGAAGUCCCAGAGAAGAUGACGAACGAGCCGGGAGAGAGGCGGUUGAAAUACCUGGACCCUCGGGCCGCCUCCAAGUCCCGCAACGCGGGGUGGGCAGACCCCGAGCGACUGGAAUCUGAGCCAUGGGAGAACUCCAAGUCUUGCUUGGCCUCCUUGGAAGGAGCAGCUGAGGCCUACCGGAAGUUCAGAGGCCUGCCGGAUCUCAGGAGGGAAAGCCAAGGGGAUUGCAGGACCCCCAAGAUGGAGGAUGAGAGGAAGGCGAGGGAGGAUCUCCUCAGAGAAGAUUUGGCCGCUAUGGACGUGCAGAGGACUCUGUUCCGGGAGUUCCGCUACCAGGAGGCCGAAGGUCCCCGCGAGGCCUGUAGUCGCCUCUGGUACCUGUGCCACCGGUGGCUGAAGCCAGAGAGGCACUCCAAGGAGCAGAUCCUGGAGCUGGUGAUCCUGGAGCAGUUCCUAGCCAUCCUUCCCUCAGAGCUGCAGAGCUGGGUCAAGGCCAGUUGCCCCCAGACGUGUGACCAGGCGGUGGCCCUGGCAGAGGACUUUGUGCCCAGGCAGCAAGAAAAUAGGCGUCUGGAGCGGGAGAGGCCGGCGUUAAUCCAGGAGGUAGCUUUGAACUUCCACACGGCUGAGCCGUCCCCAGCUAUCCCCAGGGAGAAAGCACUUCGCUCCGAGGUCAAGCAAGAAGGAAACGGUGACACUGAUUCGGAGGGUGACGACGGUUGGGUGAUUGAGGCAGCGCAAGACAAUUCCCCUCUGCAGGAUCCGGAGCCGGCAAAGAUCUGCGGGUCCUCGUGGGACAGGGUCCCUUGGUCCCAAGGGGAUGGAGAAGCUUCCAUGAGUCACGGCGACGACGGCCCGCAAAGGAGCAAGGAGAAACGCCAAGAGCAGAGGGCGUCCAAGAGCGCCCCUUGUGUCGGGGACGGAGGAGGCCAGAGCCAAGCGGUCGUCGUCAAGAGGCGGCGGCGCAGUCGAGGGAAGAAGACGUGUGGCGUGUGUGGGAAGACCUUCAGCCGGAGCACCGUGCUGGCGGCGCACCAGCGGACGCACACGGGCGAGAAGCCCUUCAUGUGCCAGAGCUGUGGGAAGUGCUUCAGCUUCAAGUCGACGCUGGUGGCGCACGAGAGGACCCACACGGGCGAGAGGCCCUACACCUGCGACCAGUGCGGGAAGAGCUUCACCGUCAGCUCGGUGCUGACGCGCCACUACCGCGUCCACAUCGAGAAGGAGCUGUUCGGCUGCUCCGAGUGCGGCAAGAGCUUCGCCCAGAAGUCGCAGCUCCACAACCACCAGAAGGUGCACGUGCGGGAGAAGCCCUUCAAGUGCGCUCAGUGCGGCGAGGGCUUCAGCCGCGGCUCCAGCCUCAAGAAGCACGAGGGCUCGCACACGGGCGAGAAGCCCUUCAAGUGCCCCGACUGCGACAAGUCCUUCAACACGUCCUCGCAGCUGGUCAAGCACCACCGCGUCCACACCGGGGAGAGGCCCUACACCUGCGCUGAGUGCGGGAAGAGCUUCAGCCAGUGGCAGAUCCUCAUGGUCCACCAGAGGACCCACACGGGCGAGAAGCCCUUCAAGUGCGCCACGUGCGGCAAGUGCUUUUCCGACCGUGCCGUCCACAUCCGGCACCAGAAGGUCCACACGGGCGAGAGGCCCCACCAGUGCCCCACCUGCGGCAAACGGUUCACCCACCGCACCGUCCUGGUCAAGCACCAGAAGAUCCACAUGCGGGAAGCCUUGAACAUGUUGCGGCUGCAGGAGGAGGAGGAGCAGAAGCAGCGGUCGGAGCCGCCGCCGCCGCCCGAGGGAGCCUUAUCCAAAAUGGCGGCCGAGAAGGGAAGAACUCCAAGUGUUGAUCUCUGCUUCCGAUCUCUGCUCCAACGGGAGAUCCAGGCCAAGGAGCACCGGGAAGAGAGCAACCGAACAGACCAUGAUCCCAAAGCGGCAGUAGAGAGAUCAGGAAGAUCCUCUCACGAAGCCAAGGCUGGGAACAACCAGGAUUUCCUGAAAAGGGAGGCCCCGGAACUGGUCAUGGGCGAGUCAGGCGGGAAGCCAUGCAAACAUCCAGAAGACGUGAAAGGAACACGUUUCCCUUGCUUGGGAUGGGGAAACCCUUCCUUGCUGGGAUCUCUGCCUCGGGAUGAUCCCAAAACUUUCCUGGCCACCUUUGAGGGAGUGGCGAGCACUUGUCGGAGGUCUGGCAGGCUGUCGGGCCUUGGCAGAGAAGCUCCAAGGGACGCCACAAAGAUUGCCGCCGUCAAGAUGGAGGAUUGUUGGGAAGCGACGGAGGAUCUCCUGGGAGACGAUUCGGUCGCCAUGGAUAUGCAGCGGACGCUUUUCCGGGAGUUCCGCUACCAGGAGGCCAAAGGUCCCCGCGAGGCCUGUAGUCGCCUCUGGUACCUGUGCCACCGGUGGCUGAAGCCAGAGAAGCACUCCAAGGAGCAGAUCUUGGAGCUGGUGAUCCUGGAGCAGUUCCUGGCCAUCUUGCCCUCGGAGCUUCAGGGCUGGGUCAAAGAUGGCUGCCCUCAGACUUGUGACCAGGCGGUGGCCCUGGCCGAAGGCUUUUUACUGAGACGGCGGGAGGCGGCCGAAACGGAACGGGAGGGUUCAGCGCUGAUCCAGGAGGUGGGUUUGAACUUCCCUGCGGCUGAGCCGCCUCUGCCCGUCCUUGAGGAGACGCCACUCUGCUCCACGGUCAAGCAGGAGGGCUGUGCCGAUACCAGCUCCCCUAGACUGGGAGGCGAUGGGUGGAUCACCAAGGGCAAAGAGGAGAAACCCCACCUCAAAAAUACCGAGCUGGUCAAACUCUGUGGGGCCUCGUGGGGAGGUCUCUCCUGGCCCCAAGAAGGGGGAGAAGUCUCUGCGAGCCACGAGGGAUCAGAAAAAAGGCGGGAAAAGUCCCUGGCGCCCAGAGGGGACGUGUUCUCCCCCUGUUUAGGAGAGAGCGGGGAACGGGGCCAAGCGGUCGUCGUCAAGAGGAGGCGCAGGAGUCGGGGGGAGAAGGUGUGCGGCAUGUGCGGGAGAAGCUUCAGCCGCACCACGGUGCUCGUCGCGCACCAGAGGACUCACACGGGCGAGAAGCCGUUCAUGUGCCAGGACUGCGGGAAGUGCUUCAGCUUGAAGUCCACCCUGGUGGCGCACGAGAGGACGCACACGGGCGAGAGGCCUUACAGCUGCUCGCAGUGCGGGAAGCGCUUCACCGUCAGCUCGGACCUCACGCGCCACUACCGCAUCCACGUGGGGGAGAAGCCCUUCAGCUGCCCCGAGUGCGGCAAGAGCUUCAGCCGCAAAACCCAGCUCCUCAACCACCAGAAGGUCCACACGCGGGAGAAGGCCUACAAGUGCUCGCGGUGCGGCGAGGCCUUCAGCCGCAGCUCCAGCCUCAUGAUCCACGAGGGCUCGCACACGGGCGAGAAGCCCUUCAAGUGCCCCGACUGCGACAAGUCCUUCAACACGUCCUCGCAGCUGGUCAAGCACCACCGCGUCCACACCGGGGAGAGGCCCUACACCUGCUCCGAGUGCGGGAAGAGCUUCAGCCAGCGGCAGAUCCUCAUGGUCCACCAGAGGAUCCACACGGGCGAAAAGCCCUUCAAGUGCACCACCUGCGGCAAGUGCUUCUGCGACCGGGCCGUCCUCAUCCGCCACCAGAAGGUCCACACGGGCGAGAGGCCCCACCAGUGCGCCACCUGUGGCAAGAGCUUCUCUCACCGCGCUGUACUCGUCCGGCACCAGAAGAUCCACACGAGAGAAGCUCUGAACGUGCUUGGACGCCGGGAGGAGCCUCCGCCCAGCAAAGCCCUGUAAAAAGCCCGGACUCCACCCCAUGUUGCCUUGAAUCUCAAGGUGGCUACGGUUGCCCCCCUAGCAAUGUGGUUUGCCGGCAGUCUGCAGUGGCGUUUUCCUCCUGACUUUGGUUGCAUGGCGGCAAGGUUACCGGUAUUUAUUAGUUGAACUGCAGUGGUGCUGGAAAAUGGUAAACCGUGGCUGGAUGCUACAGGGGACCGGUUUUCUACAAAAACAAACAAACCAGAAAUCAUUUUCGGGGGAAGGGAAAUAAUUUGCCUGCUUUCAUCUAGGACAGAGGUUUCAACCUGUGGGUCCCCAGAUGUUGUUGGACUACAACUCCCAUCAUCCCUUAGCUCUGGCCUUGCUAGCUAGGGGUGAUGGUGUCGGAAUCUCCGUUUGACCGAGCUGAUAAAGCUCAUCCUCUGAUGAUAAUUAACGACCUGAGCCUUUGAUGAGGCCUCAGGCACAUUCAGCAGAGAAUCCAAAACAGCACGCGGAAGUGAUGAGAUAUAUGGCUACAUGCUAUGCUUUAUUUCUUACUACGCAGACAGCAAAGAAAUAUACAUCCUCUCUCUGUGAAAGCAGAGAGCAACUGAACAACAAAGGAACAGGAUACCACCAACGUCACAUCCGUCUCUCGUGAAUCUUCCAACAGCCUGGAAGAUCUCUGGAAUGUAAACAGAGUCCUGUGACUCCAAGCAGCUGCACAGUGGCAAAACAGAAACUAACAGAUGGGAGUUGUAGUUCAACAUCUGGGGACCCACAGGUUGAGAAAGGUUGAUCUAGGAGAAGAUAAUCUGCAGUUACUUCUCGACUCCCACAACUGCUGGUGAAGUUGCUAGGAGAAACCCAGCUGAUUUAAGGCCCCUCCAAACAUUGGGUUGUAGUCGGCCAACUCCUACUCUUGAGUAGACCCACUGAAAUUAAUUAACUAGGUUAAUUAACUCCAGUGGCUCGGCUCUGAGUAGGGCUCAAAGCCCAUGCUUGUCCUACUGAGGUUAAUGGACACAGCUAUCUUAGGUUUGCUCAUUUCUAUGCGCCUAGAACAUGGUUGAAUACAACCCUGGUGUUUCGUUGUGGGAGUGUACUGUAAAAUAUUCUUAUCACUGUGCAUCAGCAGGAAAUUACAGGAUACGCAUUGAUGGGAAAUGAAGCAGUGGUUCUCAGUGAUCUUUGCAGACGCAAUAAAUAUUGAAAGCGGUAUUUUGUGGGGCUUCCCUGAUAGCACAAGGUUCACAAAUUAUCAUGAAUGUGCAAGACGGGUUCUCCGUGUUCAUCUUAUUAAGCUAUGCGUUACAGUGAAUUGAAGGAUAUACACAUAACCAUGUGCAGCACAUUUUGUUACGGUGGGCACCCAAAGACUUAUUUUAAGGUGAACGUUUAUUGAAUACAGACUCAUACUCAGUCAUAAAGGACAUUGUUUUUAUUUAUCAAACAAACGAAAGAAACUAAACCUUUUUU